UUUCCCGGAGUUUUGGAGCCACGUGUUUCAAGAAUGGCUGGGUACACCACACCAAUAUAAUAUAAAGGCAACGUCAAUCACCUUCUCUCACUUUUUAAUAGCUCCCCUCCACGGUUCUCAUUCUCUGUUACUAGAAACUUAAGAUUAAAGGAACUUUACUAUAUUUCAAGUACAGUUUAAUCCAUUAAGAUGGAUCUCCUCCAUAGCAAUGGCGUGCUUAUCAUUCAGCAUUUACAGAGGGACUACAGGGCUUACCAGGAUUUCCUUAAUUUUAUGUCACAUGUUGGUGAUCCGCGGAAUAUAUUCUCAAUUUAUUUUCCUCUUUGGUUUCAGCUCAACCAAGUGGUUGGUACUAAAAUGAUAUGGGUGGCAGUCAUUGGUGAUUGGUUCAACCUCAUAUUUAAAUGGAUUUUAUUUGGCCAUCGCCCAUACUGGUGGGUGCAAGAAACAAUGAUUUAUCCUAAUCAAUCCAGCCCAUGCCUUGAACAGUUUCCUAUAACGUGUGAAACUGGACCAGGAAGCCCAUCUGGACAUGCCAUGGGAUCAUCCUGCGUCUGGUAUGUAAUGGUCACUGCAGCACUUAGCUACACAGUUAGAUGGAAAGAUAAAUUAGCUGUUACCCUUCACAGACUGACAUGGUCAUUCCUCUGGAGUAUUUUUUGGAUUAUCCAGAUCAGUGUGUGCAUUUCAAGAGUAUUCAUAGCAACACAUUUUCCUCAUCAAGUUAUUCUUGGAGUAUUUGCUGGCAUUCUUGUGGCAGAAGCAUUUGAGCAUACCCCUGCUAUUCAGACUGCGAGCUUGAGAAUGUACAUCAAGACAAACUUGUUUCUUUUCAUCUUUGCCCUUGGGUUUUAUCUAUCCCUCAAACUUCUUGAUAUUGACUUGUUAUGGUCUGUUCCGAAGGCCAAGAAGUGGUGUGCCAACCCAGACUGGAUAAACAUUGACACAACUCCAUUUGCUGGACUGGUGAGGAAUUUAGGGGCACUCUUUGGUUUAGGUCUUGGAAUUAAUUCUGAAAUGUUCGUCACAAGCUGCAAAGGUAAAAAUAGCUGCAAGCUAAGUUUUCGCAUAUUGUGUAUAGCUGCUUCUUUAGCUACACUGCAGCUGUAUAAUUUCAUUAAGAUACCUACUCAUACUGAGUAUUUGUUCUACAUUCUCUCCUUCUGUAAGAGUGCAGCUAUGCCUCUGACUGUAGUUGCCUUGGUUCCAUACUGUGUCCACUCAUUAAUGAAGACAACUGAAAAGAAACUUAAUUAAGUAAAGGUUCAAAAUGAUUAGCAAUGUGGGGAUGGAUAUGAGCUGUUCAAGAACCUUCCACAAAGGCAGUUUUGCUAACUCAUUUUAACCAAAGGGAUGCUACUGCAUCUUUGAUGUGCUCCUGGUAAGUAACCAGUACAUCCAAAAUCAGUACGCUCUAGAAUGAUUUUGGCAGCUCAUAAAUAUUAGUUGCUGAUUCCUAGAAAUAUUGCAAUCACACUGCAGUAUGGUUAGAAAUGACCCAAUACUCUGGGUCAUAACAAAGUUUUAAAGUAUAAUCAACUAGUUUUAUUUAGCUAUAUGGUGGUCUUUAAGUUCUCUCCAUCUCUAGCUAGAUGAUGCUUCAAGCAUCAGUUGUACAUAGUGAUACUCGGUAUUUAAUUUUUUAUAUAUAGAUACUGUGUGUUAAACUGCUACAUAAUGGUGUGACAGUAUCACACCACCUACGACUGGACUGUGCGGCUGUACCCAGGCACUGUGAAAAAGGUCAGCGUAGUUAUAAGCAAGGCUUUACAUUUAACUUAUUGAGCUUCCUGAGCAAAACAGCUUCCGAUUUAGUCAGAUGAGAAAAAAAAAGUUUAUUUCCAUUAUACUCUGCAGAAUAUAUUUUUGCAUUACUAUAUGGGUUUUGUCAUUCUUACUUUUUCAAAGUUGUCACAUAAAUCAUGAAUGAUACAGAUCACACCUUUGAAAGUUGUCAAUGAUGAAAUUAUCUCAGUAUAUGACCUCAAGAAUGUUGUUCAUGCUCCUAUAUUGCAAAGAUAGCUCUCUGCUAAUUCUCUCAGAUCAAGAGACACAAGCCUGAAUCACUGUUAGUAGUUGUGUAAAUCAUGAAAAUGUGGUUGCAGACUGUCAUUACAACUUUAUAUUCUUGUCAGCUUUGUUUACCUAAGCACACAAGUAGCUCGUAUGUUUAAUAUGUUUGCUAUAUAAAAUGGAUGUUCUAAAUAGGCAAAGGUGGGUACUUUCCAUUUUUACUCAUUAUUUGGGAUCUACUGUUGUAUAUUCCCUUUCAGUACACAAUUUUUAAGCAAUAUUUUGCUGAUACCAUCUCAUAAUACUUAGUAUACAAGCUGUUUAUACAUAGCCUUAGUAUACAAGGCCAUAAGAUGAGUAAUGAGGGCUGUGUAUGUAUGAUCUGAAAAAAAUAAGGCUUAGAAGAUGUAAACAUGAUGUUGUUUCCAGACUUCCAAUUAGGUGUGGGAUAAUUCAAACUGAAAGAAUCUUAUUUAAUUUGGGUAAACAAAGUGAAUAGUUUUGUACUGGCCUUUAGGAAUAAACAUUAUACAAAUUACGGCAGCAAAUCUGAAACAGGCAUCCUUAUCUAAGAGCCUAGUAAGACUACCUUGACUUAAAAAAAUGAGUCAUCUGGUUUUAACAGUUUGAGGAGUAUUCUACUUUGUGUAUCUCCUCAUAUCUUCUGUACUGGAUCUCUGAACUCUUUCCUGCAGCAGCUGACCUGAAACCAGUCUUUUCUAUAACUGUAAUUCCUUAAGCAAAAUUACUAAACUAAUGGGACUAGAAACAAAUAACCAAGAACAAAGACAGCCAAGACAAAGAUCAGCUGUGUUAAGUUGCUCUGUGCUUUGUUAUUCCCUACCAGUGAGGUGACCUACAGAGGCAUCACAGAACACUAGCAGGUUGGUCUAGCUGUCCUUCUAUUUCUGGCUCCUUCUGGCCAGCAGUAGGGGAUGCUUUCACAACAGCAUUUGGAUUUAGUGGCAAUGUUGGCAACUUUAAGCUGGGAGUUAUGGGUAGACAUCACAUUGUUAAGCUUCUCUACCACAUGAGGGUCUCUGCUUCCUGGCCCUGGCAAAGAAUCUUGGUGCCUCUGUUGGGAUAGACACAACCAUAAAUGUAGAAUGACAACUGGCAUUUCUGCAGAAGACAGCAAAUGACACCAUCUACUGUCAAGACUAACAAUUCAGGCUUGAAAGAUGUAAGCAAAUGCCUUUGGGUUGGCAAAUGCCUUUGGGUUGGCUCAGGGACUUGUCACCAAGUUCCAGGGCUGGGACAUCUUGCUGUGAGGCAGCUACAGCGGCACGACCAGUCCAGCUCUGCACCGAGCAGUCCAUCAAGGCUUGUUGCUCAUGCCCAGACAUACUGUGUAGCUCCACUUGAAAUUUAAUCCCUUUGCACAGGUACCAAAGGUCUUUAUAAUCAACUGGUUGUCAGUAGCACACAGAAAUUAAGUGGCAGGAGCUGGCACUCAGGAAUGUGCAACUGUUUGUGUGUGCUGUGAGUGCCUGCAUGCUUCUGGGAAGUACCAGCACACUUCCCAACACUUAGCUCUCGAUAUUUCCUAGCUCCUUGAAAACAGGAUGAUGUUACAAUGAAGAGCAGUAGCAGUGCCACCUAGGUGGGGCUGUGUCCCUGUGCUCCUGCAAGGGGAUGACAGGCAGGGGCUAGUGUUCUUGAGCUGGCCUUCUCUGCAGCUCUGUCCUGCACAGCAGACCCUUGUCACAGACAUGAUCCAGUUACCCAGAAAUACCUGUUAGCUGGUGCAAGAUAUUCAUGUGCCUGUCUGAAGGGUAAGAGAAGUGCUAAAGCACAAGAGCAAGUGAAAAAAUACAAUUCAUUGGUUUA